AAUGUUUAUUAUAAUAUAAAGUUGAAUCGUGGUUCGUGUAGUGAGUUGUGCGUGCCAGUGAUGAACUAUUGAAUUUGGUGAUGUAAUAAGGUAACAUUAAUGUCAAUUGGAGUGUAUUGUUGGGCGAAUCAAAUCGCGAACGGACGUCGGGUGAUUCGCUGCGGUGGACUAUUCGGGCGGGAAAUGGCGCGCACGUUUUAAUAUUUUUCAAAACGUCCGGUUACGCUAAAUGCUAGUGGAAUAUUGUGAAAGCUUUUUAUUCUCUUUAAUAGCGUCGGUAAUCAGUGUUGUCACGUUUUGUUAUAUAUUUUUUGAAUACGUUUGGAAAUUAAUCGAAGCAAACACGGAGAACAUGGCGGACGAUUCCGUCCAAUUACCACAGGAGCAGCGUUCGUCGAGCGAGAGCGAUAAUUUUGAAAAAAUCGACUCCGAUGAAGGACGAAAUGUAGAGCCUACAUUUAUUGUCGGCGAUGAAUCCGAUCCGGGACUGGACGACGGGCCGGCCCACGAGGGGAGAGACUUAUUCCCCAACGCCCCUCCAGCGAACAUCAGGAGGAUGUUGACUCCAGCUCAGCAGCUAGCCUUGGCCGAGAAGAGGAGUCGACUAAGGCCGUCUAUGUCCCAAGGAACAGUGGUGCACAGUCAGCGUUUCCAAGAAAAGGAUUUUACAGUUGCCACUCCAGAAGAGUUUGUGAGACGGUUCCAGGGUACGAAGCCAAUAAAUAAAGUAUUGAUAGCUAAUAACGGUAUUGGUGCUGUAAAAUGCAUGCGUUCAAUUCGAAGAUGGUCCUACGAGAUGUUCAAGAACGAACGGGCUGUGAGAUUUGUGGUUAUGGUGACCCCGGAAGAUCUGAAAGCAAAUGCAGAAUAUAUAAAGAUGGCUGAUCAUUAUGUGCCAGUGCCUGGUGGAUCGAAUAAUAACAAUUAUGCCAAUGUGGAGCUUAUUGUUGAUAUAGCAGUUAGAACGCAAGUUCAGGCCGUAUGGGCUGGGUGGGGUCACGCUUCCGAGAACCCCAAGUUGCCGGAGCUGUUGCACCGAGCCGGGGUUGUGUUCAUAGGCCCCCCGGAGAAGGCCAUGUGGGCGCUCGGAGACAAAAUCGCAUCAUCCAUUGUGGCUCAGACUGCGGACAUACCUACCCUACCUUGGAGCGGAAGCAAACUGAAGGCCGAAUACAAUUCGAAGAAGAUAAAGAUAUCAUCGGAGCUGUUCUCGAAGGGCUGCGUGUCCUCACCGGAGCACGGGCUGCAGGCUGCACAGAAAAUUGGAUUCCCCGUUAUGAUCAAGGCGUCGGAAGGCGGCGGCGGCAAGGGUAUAAGGAAAGUCGAGAAUCCGGAUGACUUCAACAACAUGUUUAGACAGGUCCAAGCCGAGGUCCCGGGCUCCCCUAUAUUCGUGAUGAAGCUCGCGAAGUCCGCCCGCCACUUGGAGGUGCAGCUCCUCGCAGACCAGUACGGUAACGCGAUAUCGCUCUUCGGGCGCGACUGCUCCAUCCAGCGUCGCCAUCAGAAGAUCAUCGAGGAAGCACCGGCCGCCGUCGCGAAGCCUGAUGUCUUCAUCGAGAUGGAGAAGGCCGCGGUGCGUCUGGCCAAGAUGGUGGGCUACGUUAGCGCGGGAACAGUGGAAUACCUGUACGAUCCCUCGAGCGGCUCCUACUACUUCCUAGAGCUGAACCCUCGACUCCAGGUGGAGCAUCCCUGCACAGAGAUGGUGGCGGACGUGAAUCUACCGGCCGCACAACUUCAGAUUGCUAUGGGUCUCCCUCUGUAUCACAUAAAAGAUAUACGUCUUCUAUACGGAGAGUCGCCGUGGGGCAUGACCCAGAUCGAUUUUGACGAGCCGAAGCAGCGACCCUCGCCCUGGGGCCACGUCAUCGCCGCCAGGAUCACCUCGGAAAAUCCGGACGAAGGUUUCAAGCCUUCUUCCGGAACGGUCCAGGAGCUGAACUUCAGGUCCUCGAAGAACGUGUGGGGCUACUUCAGCGUGGCGGCGUCCGGCGGCCUGCACGAGUUCGCGGACUCGCAGUUCGGACACUGCUUCUCCUGGGGCGAGACCCGGGAGCAGGCCAGAGAAAACCUGGUGAUAGCCCUCAAGGAGCUGAGCAUACGGGGCGACUUCCGAACGACCGUGGAGUACCUCAUCACAUUGCUGGAGACGACCUCCUUCCAGGAGAACAACAUCGACACCAGCUGGCUGGACGCUCUUAUUGCGGAGAGGAUGCAAUCGGAGAAGCCGGACAUCAUGCUGGGCGUCAUAUGCGGCUCGAUUCUGAUCGCCGACAGCAUCAUCACGGCCAACUUCCAGGAGUUCAAGAGCGCGCUCGAGAAAGGUCAGAUCCAAGGGUCGAGCCAGCUGUCGAACACGGUGGAGGUGGAGCUCAUCCACAGCGGCCACAAGUACAAGGUGUCGGCGACCAAGUCCGGCCUUACGUCCUACUUCCUGGCCAUGAACGGCAGCUUCAAGGAGCUGGAGGUGCACAAGCUGACCGACGGCGGUACCCUCUUAUCGGUGGACGGCGCCUCCUUCACGACCUACUUGAAAGACGAAGUUGACAAAUACAGGAUAGUCAUAGGAAACCAGACGGUGGUCUUCGAGAAGGAGAAGGACCCUUCGAGUCUGAGGGCCCCUUCAGCGGGGAAGCUGAUCAACACGCUGGUGGAAGACGGAGGGCACGUCGACAAGGGACAGCCCUACGCUGAGAUCGAGGUGAUGAAAAUGGUGAUGACGCUGUCCGCCCCGGAAUCCGGCAAGGUCACGUGGAAUCUGCGGCCCGGAGCGGUCCUGGACAUGGGCUCCCUGAUCGGGACUCUGGAAUUGGACGACCCGUCGCUGGUGACGACGGCCCAGCCGUACAAGGGCCAGUUCUCGUUGGACGACAACGCUACCGUCUCGGAGAAGCUGAAUCACGCCCACAACAAGUACAGAUCGAUACUGGAGAACACGUUGGCCGGGUACUGCCUGCCCGAGCCGUACAACACGCCGCGACUCCGCGAGGUGGUGGAGAAGUUUAUGCAGAGUCUACGGGACCCCUCGCUGCCCCUGCUGGAGCUUCAGGAGGUGCUGUCGUCAACCUCGGGCCGGAUCCCCAUAGCGGUGGAGAAGAAGGUCCGCAAGCUGAUGGCGCUGUACGAGCGGAACAUCACCAGCGUGCUGGCGCAGUUCCCCAGCCAGCAGAUAGCCAGCGUCAUCGACCACCACGCGGCGUCGCUGCAGAAGAGGUCGGACCGCGACGUGUUCUUCAUGAGCACGCAGGCGCUGGUGCUGCUGGUGCAGCGGUACAGGAACGGGAUCAGAGGUAGAAUGAAGGCGGCCGUGCACGAUCUGCUCAAGCAGUACUUCCAGGUCGAGAGCAACUUCCAGCUGGGCUCGUACGACAAGUGCGUGGUGGCCCUCCGCGAGCGCCACAAGGACGACAUGCAGGCCGUCGCCAACAUGAUCUUCUCCCACAACCAGGUCGCCAAGAAGAAUCUGCUGGUGACGCUGCUGAUAGACCACCUGUGGUCCAAUGAGCCAGGGCUGACGGACGAGCUGGCGGCCACGCUGAACGAGCUGACCUCCCUCCACCGAGCUGAGCACAGCCGCGUCGCGCUACGAGCGAGACAGGUGCUGAUCGCGGCGCACCAGCCCGCCUACGAGCUCCGCCACAACCAGAUGGAGUCGAUAUUCCUGUCGGCGGUGGACAUGUACGGGCACGACUUCCACCCGGAGAACCUGCAGAAGCUGAUCCUGUCGGAGACCUCGAUAUUCGAUAUACUGCACGACUUCUUCUACCAUAUGAACGCAGCGGUUUGCAACGCAGCUCUGGAGGUGUACGUGCGUCGCGCCUACACGUCCUACGACAUCGCCUGUCUCCAACACCUGGCGUUGUCUGGCGAGCUGGGAGUGGUACAUUUCCAGUUCAUCCUGCCCACAGGACACCCUAACCGGAUACCGCUGUCCCAAUCGGAGAUUGAGCUCUCAGCGAGCGAGGACAAGGUCGGGAUACCGGCCGAGCUGAGCGCAGCCGCCAUGCGCAAGUGUCACCACCGGACCGGAGCGCUGGCGGCGUUCCUCUCGUUCGACCAGUUCGUGCAGUACGCUGAUGAGCUUUUGGACCUGGUGCACGACUUUGCUAGUUCGGCUUCGGUCAGGAAGGAGGAUCUCGCGGCGCUGCAGGAGGGCAGCGAGAGCCGCGACAGCACGAGCAUCAACGUCGGCUUAGACUACAAGCAGAACAUCAUCGACGAGGAGGUGCCGUUGGAACCAAUCCACAUCCUGAUGAUCGGGGUGAGGGACAACGGGGAGGCGGACGACAGCGCCGUCUCACGUCGCUUCGGGAACUUCUGCAGGGCCCACCGGCACGAGCUGCAUCACAAGCGGAUCCGAAGAAUCACCUUUAUGCUGCUCAUCAAACGUCAGUUCCCCAAGUUCUUCACGUACCGCGCCCGCAACGACUUCACCGAGGACACGAUCUACCGCCACCUGGAGCCGGCCUCCGCCUUCCAGCUGGAGCUGUACCGGAUGAGGAGCUACGAACUCGAAGCGCUGCCGACCAGCAACCAGAAGAUGCACUUGUACCUGGGGAAGGCGAAGGUGAAGAAAGGCCAGGAGGUGACGGACUACAGGUUCUUCAUACGCUCCAUCAUCAGACACCAGGAUUUGAUCACGAAGGAGGCAAGCUUUGAAUAUCUGCAGAAUGAAGGCGAAAGGGUGCUGCUGGAAGCCAUGGAUGAACUGGAGGUGGCGUUCUCUCACCCGCUAGCGAAGCGGACCGACUGCAACCACAUAUUCCUGAACUUCGGUCCGACCGUCAUCAUGGACCCGGCCAAGAUCGAGGAGUCGGUGCUCGGGAUGGUCAUGCGGUACGGCCCCAGGCUGUGGAAGCUGCGCGUGCUGCAGGCGGAGAUACGGUUCACGCUUAGGAUCGGUCCGGGGGCGCCCACCAAGAACAUCCGUCUCUGUCUGUCCAACGGCUCCGGGUAUUCACUCGACGUGUACACGUACGAGGAGAUAUCCGACCCGAAGAUCGGUGUUAUCAUGUUCCACUCGUUCGGGCCGCGCCAGGGACCGAUGCACGGGCUGCCCAUCUCCACGCCCUACCUCACCAAGGACUACCUGCAGCAGAAGAGAUUCCUGGCAACAUCGCAAGGAACUACAUACGUUUACGACAUUCCGGAUAUGUUCCGUCAGGUUGUGGAGAAGAGGUGGAGAGAUUGCAUCGAAGACGGCACCGUCGAUGGUCCGCUGCCGGACACCGUGAUGUCGUUCGUGGAGCUGGUGGUGGAGCCCGACGGCGAGCGACGGGUCGUGGAGGUCACGCGCCUCCCCGGACAGAACAACGUCGGGAUGGUAGCUUGGCGCCUGACGCUGUUCACGCCCGAGUGCCCCGAGGGUCGGGACAUCAUUCUCAUCGCGAACGACCUCACGCACUACAUGGGUUCGUUCGGGCCCCAGGAGGACUGGGUGUACUACAAGGCGUCGCAGUACGCGAGAGAACUCAAGAUACCGAGGAUUUACGUGAGCGUGAACUCCGGGGCCCGCAUCGGAGUCGCCGAGGAGGUGAAGGCGGAGUUCAGCGCGGCGUGGCUGGAGGCGGAGCGCCCGGAGCGCGGCUUCCGGUACCUGUACCUCAGCCCCCCGGCCUACGCCCGGCUGGCGCCGCUCGGGGCGGUCAAGGCGGAGCUCAUCGAAGACGAGGGGGAGGCCAGAUACAAGAUCACGGAUAUUAUCGGCAAGGAGGACGGGCUGGGAGUGGAGUGUCUCCGGGACGCGGGGCUCAUCGCCGGCGAGACCGCGCAGGCCUACGAGGACAUCGUCACCAUAUCCAUCGUCACGUGCCGGGCCAUCGGCAUCGGGUCCUACGUUGUGAGAUUGGGUCAUAGAGUGAUACAAGUGGAGAGUUCAUAUAUAAUCCUGACCGGUCACGCCGCGCUGAACAAGGUCCUCGGGCGGGCGGUGUACGCCAGCAACAACCAGCUGGGAGGAGUCCAGAUCAUGCACCACAACGGAGUCUCCCACGCGGUGGCGCCCUCCGACCUGGACGCCGUCCGGACUGCGGUCAACUGGCUGGCUUUCGUGCCCAAGGACAAACUGAGCAUGGUGCCGAUAAUGCGCUGCUCCGACCCCGUGGAGCGGCCCGUGCUGUGGGUGCCGCCGCGGGGCCCGCACGACCCCCGCCUCAUGCUCAACGGGGACGGCGCCAGGCCAGGGUUCUUCGACCACGGCAGCUUCGACGAGAUCAUGGGCCCCUGGGCGCAGACUGUCGUCACCGGUCGAGCUCGCCUGGGUGGCAUCCCGGUUGGAGUGAUCGCCGUGGAAACCAGAACGGUGGAGCUGACGUUGCCCGCCGACCCUGCCAACCUGGACUCUGAAGCCAAGACCCUGCAGCAAGCCGGACAGGUCUGGUUCCCGGAUUCCGCAUACAAGACGGCGCAGGCGAUUAACGACUUCUCCAGGGAGAAUUUGCCCAUCAUCAUAUUCGCCAAUUGGCGUGGCUUCAGCGGCGGACAGAAAGACAUGUACGAGCAGAUCCUGAAGUUCGGCGCGGAGAUCGUGCGGGCGCUGCGGGGGCCGGGGGGGCCGGUGCUGGUGUACGUCCCCCCGGGGGCCGAGCUGCGGGGGGGUGCGUGGGCGGUGGUGGACCCCAGCGUCAACAGCGCGCGCAUGGAGAUGUACGCCGACCCCGAAGCCAGAGGCGGUGUUUUAGAAGCGGAGGGCAUAGUCGAAGUUAAAUUCAAGCAGCGGGACAUACUCAAGACCAUGCACCGGCUAGACCCUCAACUCCUCAGGCAAACAGCCAGGAUAUCAGAACUGAAGGAGCAAAUCAAAGAAAUCUCAAAGAACUUCGACAGGCGCGGCUCCAUUGAUGACGUCCUGGUUAAAACCGACAUUGGAAAAGCUGCCGAAGGUCGAGUCCGGGAGCUUGAGACCGAACUGCUGUCAGCCGAGAAGGCUGUAAAGGCUCGCGAGAAAGAACUCGGUCCCAUCUACCACGAGAUAGCUGUACAGUUCGCAGAGCUGCACGACACCGCCGAGAGGAUGCUGGAGAAGGGCUGCAUCUCGGACAUAAUCCCGUGGCGCGAGUCCCGGCGGCUGCUGUACUGGCGGCUGCGGCGGCUGCUGCUGCAGGGCGAGCAGGAGCGGCGCGUGCAGGCGGCCGGACAGCACGCGCCGCCCGCGCCGCAGCACCAGGGGCUCGCCGCGCCCACGCUGCGGAGGUGGUUCGCCGAGGACCGGGGGGAGUUACAGUCCCACCAGUGGGAGCACGACAACGAGGCCGUGUGCCGGUGGCUGGAGGAGCAGGCCGGCGACGUCGACUCCGUGCUGGAGAAGAACCUCCGAGCCAUCAGGCAGGACGCCAUACUGCAGGCCGCCAACGCUCUAGUCGCGGAACUGACGCCGUCGCAGAGGUCGGAGUUCGUCAGGAAAAUAUCCGCUUUGGAUAUAGAACAAUAAAUAUAUACAUAUAAUUAAAAUUUAUAUAUUGUAUAUAAGAGCAUUUAUGGGAACUGUUCUCGAAAAUUAAGACACGAACAGAGACGGGGGGUAUUAGGAAAUUAAAUUUAGCACGCAAUGCAAUGCAAGCUAAAGUCAGUCGCGUACGUAUUUCAUUGCGGGUUAUUAAAGUACAAGCUCACAAGUGAGCGAUAACUAUUUAUGCUUGAUUAAGUAAAUAAAUAUUGUUUUCCGUUCAUUGCGGGCUGGUGGGCACGCCUGAGCGCGGUCCGAUCGCGCGUGACGUCACUUGGGGCCAAAAACACUUCGAACAAAUCACAGACACACAACGACCACUCACAUAUUGUCGUGUGACGCGUUGUGUGCUGAUGUGAAUGAAUAUUCGAAUUUUAAUAUAAUUUAUAUAAAAAGCUUUCAAAAUAAAUGGAUGAUUUAUUUAAUAAAAUUAAUUUGUAGAUUAAUUUCUAGAUUGUUAUUGUUAUAAUUGGCAUUGUAGUCAGAGCGGUUGCUGUAGCCCACAGACUCCAACAAUGUCGAGGUUCGCUGCCUACAAAAUUAUGUGACAAAUAGAACACCUAGUGUAUAUUAUAAAUGAAUACUUUUUUGUUUCACAAUUAAAACUACUUUUAUAGUUUAAUCUUGCCUUUAUUAUAUCGAGAAGUGAAAGGUUAUUCUUAGCGACAUUUCGCUUAACACGCGACAUUUAUCUUUGUAACUAACCGUUGUAACUAUACUGAGACCUUAGAACUUAUAUCUCAAGGUAGGUGGCGGAAUUUACGUUGUAGAUGUCCAUGGGCUCCAGUAACCACUUAACACCACGUGGGCUGUGAGCACGUCCACCCAUCUAAACAAUAAAAAAAUAUAUCGGUUGUCUGUAAAGUCGGUUUACUGACGAUAGUUGAACGUGACAACGUCAUAAGAAAAUACUGAUGGAAUGGUUUCAUUUUUCAAUUAUCGCAAUUAUCGUUGCUAUAAACAAUUGACAUCACAUUCACUUUUCACUGAACUUCAUACUUGACGAAAACCGAUUGUGCCUCUCUGUCGCUCGUUGCGCGCUCUCGCUUGCACUUCAAGCCUUAAAUGGAACGCCUCAAUGAGUCAUGUUUUUUCGUGCGUGCAGUCGGCUCCAUCGAAUCAUAAGACGUUGUCACGUCAAAGACUUCAAUUAAGUUUACUCCAUUCAAAUAGCUGAACAAUUCUUUUUUGUUUGUUUUUGAAUAUUUUUUCCAAAAUUUUCAACUUUUAUCUGACUCUCCUAUGAAGUUGUUUGUAUAAAUGUCGCUUAAAACCAAAUAACUUUUCACAUCUCGACUUUAUUUCCAACGUUUCCGAUACUAAGUUUUAACUAAAAUCUAACUACCGUCUAUUCUCCUAUAAAACCUAUGUCUUCUUGACUGCGUUCUUUAGGGCAAACUUAAAGCUCGAAAAGUAGCUUGAAAUUGUGUUUUUGGAAAACAAAAAAAAUUAACGACAGAACAUUCCUUCUGAGCGUGUGAUAGAGUUUCCGAUGCGGUCCCCUGAUGACCAGAUCCGGGGUCAAGUCGCAAAUAACCCUCAGCUGUUAUGAGAACAAAUUAGAACAACAUUUUGAAUUGUCUGUCAGAUCACGAUGAGUUUUUGUUAUUGACAUUGUCAGCGACGGGAAUCGCCAUUGACAUUGUUUUCGCAGAUAUAGUGUAGAAUGAAAAUCUUUAUGGUAGAAUCGAAUCCUAUUAUCCUAUUAUUUAGUCCAGUGGUUCUCAACCGUCGCGUCCAAAGGCUUACAAAAGUGAUAUUUUUAUUUAAAGUCACCUGGGAAAUUGCGUUUAUGUGGUAAUUGAGUUUUGUUUAGAGGUCACUAAAACAAAACUACUCAAAUGUACGAUAAAUACUGUAGCUUUGCUGUUGAACCAAUUUGGAGGCUCUUGUAAUCUGGUCUGUGAUUUCGUCGCCAUAUUUUCUAAUAUACCGUUCAAAGCGCACAAUGCGAUGAAAAUACUAUGAACCUCUAAUGGCUGAAUGUUUUUUUUUUCGAUACGCUAAAUCUAACCAUAUACAGGGUGUUGUAGGGUUUUCGAUGUGAACACAGUCUUUGAUAAUAUAAAAAAUAUAUAUUUGAUUCAUUAAAAAAAAUGCACCCUGUAUUUAGUUACAUUUACCCCGAAGGUUUUGUUUUUGUUCAAUACAAUGAUAGUCGACAUUUUAAUAUGUUUUUUUCUACGUAACGAAUUUUUUAAAAAGUUUAUCCAAAAUUGUCGCAAAAAAGAUCUCUUAAAACUCAUAAUGCGUUAAGAGUCAGUUUUGAUUUGCAUUUUUAAGCUGAGCUUGAAAAUGAAGUAGGAAUGUACCAUAGUUGAAAGUCAUUGGUUAUUUCUUUAUUUACUAUUUAUUCUGGUCGCAUUCUCGUAACGUACAUGGGUUUAAUGAUACAGUAGUAAUCCUCAUUAAUACACGGAACUGUUAUAACGCAUUUUCAUAUUACGCGAUUUCAGUCCCUCGUAUAGCACGGGUAUUCUUCCAUAUAACGCGGAGAUUUCAUACGUUAAACAUAUCAUCUUCACGCAUUAAAACUAUAUAAUUUUAAAGGUUUAACAUGUGAUGUCAUAUUUGCAACAUUUAUUUUUAAUUUUUUACCAGUUACAUAUCUGUCUUUUUAAAGUAAGAUAAAAUUAUGUAUUAAUUUUGUUAAUAAUAGUCAAAACAUAGGUAAACUAAAAAAAAAACUAAAACUAAACUACGCUCUUUUGACAAUAUUUAUGAGAAAAAUACUGGUGAUACCAAAUGUUUGAAAUUGUACACUUUUAAUGCGAAAAGGCGAUAUGUAUUUCUGUACUGUGAAAUUUACCUAUAAUGAUUUGGGCAGUUCAUAAUUAAUUUCGCGUACCUUUGCACAUUUGUGUCAAUUGUCUUGUUAUAAAAUUAAAUUAAUUUAUUGCAUUUGUGUUCCUAGUCUUUGAAUUGUAAAUGUUAUAAGCCAAAUUUAUUAGUUGUUGUUUUUUUAUUGUGUAUCUUUUCUUUUUAGCUUGUAAUGUAUAUUGCGUGCCUAAUUAAUAAAUAAAUAGUAUUUUUUUAUAUUGAAAUAUAAAAAAUAGUAUAUUUGUAUAUAACGCGUUAUAUGGGAUCAUAUUACAAGCGUGUUAUGCGAGAAAACUUACAACGCGUUUUCUAUAACGCGGAACCAAUCUAUCGUGUUAUAGGGGGAUUACUGCGUUUGUAAAAAAAUAUAGGGUGUUUUUUUGUUCUUUGUUAAGAAUAGGCUAAAAUAUUUAUUGUACGGGUUCUUCAGCUUGGGAAAUGUGGAUUGAAUGUGUAUGUUAAUAAAACCAUUUUUGAGUUUU